GGUCGAUCUUUUCGCGAAGGCAUACUCUGGACUACGCAUAUGAGUAUCAGAUAAUCGCCCUCCCGUUGUCUGUCGUACUGCAUUACUGCUGCUUCGAUCUGGAAGUCUCUAUAAAUCCCAGGCACAAUGCCCGCAAUGCUAGAGGACCCUACCGCGCCCAUCAUAUACCGCACCUCGGGUGACAUGCCCUACCCGGUGCCUGGAGGAGUCCUCCCUCUGGACAUCGGCCCUCGCCAGGUGACCCUUCGUGACAGAAUCACAAUUGCGACUAUCAUACCGUUCUCCUCGCCGGCACAGAUUCCUAUCUCCCUACUUGCAUACUUGUGUGACCAAUUUGGCAGGGAGAUUGAGACUGGCCAAACGUAUCCCAUGGAAGAGCCGAUGUCGCUAGAAGCUUUUGGACCGUAUUGGUUUGGGGUUUUUGGAGCCGUCAUUCUGUUGGGAGACAUUUCAGGCAUACCCGAGAUUCAUAGGAUGGCACAAUCUGGGAAUGACUGGGAGAGGGCGUGUCUGGGCAGCUUCUAUAUCAAGCCAAACUAUCCUGGUCGAUCAAGUCAUGUCUGCAACGGUGGCUUUCUGGUCACUGACGGGGCUCGUAAUCGAGGCGUUGGCCGUUUGAUGGGCGAAACAUAUCUGGAUUGGGCACCAAAAUUAGGCUACACAUAUUCCGUCUUUAAUCUUGUUUACGAAACUAACACGGUAUCUUGUCGGAUAUGGGACGCUCUUGGUUUCAAGAGGAUAGGGCGGGUCAAAGGCUGCGGAAGGCUGAAGGGACGAGAUCAGCUCGUGGAUGCUAUCAUCUAUGGCAGGGAUCUUGGUGAAGACGAUACCUUUGUUUCUGAGGAGCGAUUUGACAAGAUUCGUUUCUACUUACGGAACGGAAAGUACCCCAACAACGCUGAUCGCGCGGAAAAGAGUCGACUCCGAAGUGCAGCCACCCACUACAAGCUUAUUCCUGCCCAAGGCGAUAUUGCAGAAAAGUUGGUUCUUAAGGGUAAAGAGGUGAUCUCCGAGCCCCAGCGCCAGUACGAGAUUGCGAGGGAUGUCCACCACAGGUCUCAUGGAGGCAUCAACAAAACCACAGCUGCCAUCGCAGAGCAAUAUCAUUGGGUGCGCAUCAAAGAAACUGUGAGCCAAGUCAUCCGGAACUGCCCCGAGUGUAGCGAAAUGAACAAAGGUCUACACAAUUCGCGAACCCAACGUACCAACCAGACACCGCCAGGAACGAUGCAGACAUCAUCGAACAACGUGCAUCCGAUGGAACAAGUGAUAGCGCCCCUUUACGGUAACAAUAGCAAUAUGACUCGCACACGAGAAGAGUCACCGGGUCAGCAAUUGCAGCUAGAAGCUGCACAGCAUUCAAACGCCUUCUCCAACGACUGCUACAUGCCCGUGGAUCCUGCACUGAUGGAGAGUCUAGAUCGGAGUCAGGCCACAGGGAUUGGCGACAUGCCAUCCCCUGUGCCUUCGCCGUUCCUGUCCGCUGGCUCUCACUUCAAUGGCCGUCCGACCCGACAACAACGUGGUGCCACUCGAAAGAUGACAGACAUGAAUGUCAUGGGUUCCAAUCUUCCCGCACCAAUGGCGCGAAUGACGGCUGGUGAGUCUAUGGUCGGUAUGGAGGAACGCGCUCCGACUGUUCGAGAGGAGCUUCGGCGUCGAAUAACGCGCUUCCACGCUGGCCGUUAAUAUUUGGACAAAUCGACUGAUGGACAGCAUUGGCUCCCUAUAGCUUGAUAGGUGCGAGUGCAAGGGUUGUAGGAUGGAUGAACGUGGCAAUUACAGAUAUUCAAAAGCGCAAAUCUGCAUGUACCUUGUUGUAAUGACCUCGAGAAGCAUAGGUGGAGCCUGUAGCUAUUCUGUUUGAACCAAUGUUGGGCUCUAUGUUAGUGUCUGAAAAAAAAU